CGCCGGCCGUCAUGGCGUCUCCGCUCCGACUGCGCUCCGCGCUGGCCCUGGUCACAGGUGCGGGCGGCGGCAUUGGCCGCGCCGUCAGCGUGCGCCUCGCCGCCGAGGGGGCCGCGGUAGCCGCUUGCGACCUGGACGGGGCAGCGGCGCGGGAGACGGUGCAGCUGCUGGGAGGGCCGGGGAGCAAGGAGGGGGCGCCCCGCGGAGCCCACGCCGCCUUCCAGGCUGACGUGUCCGCGGCAGGGGCCGCCAGGCGCCUGCUGGAGCAAGUGCAGGCCUGCUUUUCUCGCCCGCCGUCUGUCGUUGUGUCCUGUGCGGGCAUCACCAGGGAUGAAUUUCUACUUCACAUGUCUGAGGACAACUGGGACAGAGUCAUAGCUGUCAACCUCAAGGGCAUCUUUCUAGUCACUCAGGCUGCAGCCCAAGCCCUGGUGUCCAGCGGCUGUCCUGGCUCCAUCAUCAACAUCAGCAGCAUCAUAGGCAAGGUGGGGAACAUGGGACAGACAAACUAUGCAGCAUCCAAGGCUGGAGUGAUUGGGCUGACCCAGUCUGCAGCCCGGGAACUUGGACGACACAGGAUCCGCUGUAACAGCGUCCUCCCAGGGUUCAUUAGAACACCCAUGACCCAGAAAGUGCCACAGAAAGUGCUGGACAAGGUGACUGGAAUGAUCCCAAUGGCACAUAUGGGGAACCCUGAGGAUGUGGCAGAUGUCGUCGCAUUCUUGGCAUCUGAAGACAGUGGAUACAUCACAGGGGCAUCAGUGGAAGUCACUGGAGGUCUUUUCAUGUAACUGCCUCAAGGACCCUGGACUCUGCUCACUCCCCCACUGCUCUGCUGGCCUCCUGCUGAUGAGGACUCGGAGUUCCCAGGCUACAAAAGGGGUGGCUGUGUAUGGCUCAGGAAUGCUCAAUAUGGGAGGCAGGGGUGCUUGUGACCCUAAUAAAUUCCAAAACCUCUUCCCUGCCA